UUACUAAUUCUUCACCGUAUCAGAUAAAAAAAAAUACUACAAUGAAAACGUUAUUAUUACAAUUUGUCUACAAAAUUCACUCCAUUGAAAUGCACAUUAAAAAAUCCUCGAUAUAAUAAAAAUGACAAAAAUUUUUUGAAUUGAUGGACCAAUGGCGCGACAGCUCGCCAGAAGUCAGCUGAUGAUGGCUGACGUAUAUCAACACUAAAAAAAAUAACAUUCUUAGAAAAUCAAUUCGCAAUAAUAUUGUGACCAAAUAAACAAUUGAAUUCCAAAGUGUCGAAGAAUGUUAAUUGUUAUGUACCUAUUAAAUCAAUAAAAAUGAUUGAAAUAGCUGCUAAAUUGACAAAAGGCUCAGUGUAUUUUUCCGGUGAGGUUAUCGAGUGCUAUGUGACAUUUACAAAUCCAUUGAAUCCGAUCCACCAAAAGUCCCAGAGUCACUGUGAUGUUUUCGAAGGACUGGCAUGGGCGAGUGCUCAGGUUCAUUGCCAAUGUUCCACAAAUGCAAAAGUCGUUCUCACCGAAAAAAUCAAUGCCAUCAGUCGAUUGGGAGUUGUAAAUGCUGACACGACAUUCGCGCCUGGACAACAGGACAACGGCCACGCUGUGGUGAAUACGAAGCCAAAAAUUUUAUUCUGCGACUUGAGAUUAUCGCCGGGAGAAAGCAAAACAUAUAUUUACCGGGAAACAAUUCCCGGCGAUGCACCACCUUCCUAUCGAGGCCAGGCCGUGAAAUAUUCUUAUAAAAUAACAGUGGGAACGCAGAGGGUCACAUCACCGAUAAAACUUCUCAGAAUUCCCUUCAGGGUUCUCUCGUUAAGUGAAUUGCCCGAAGUGGCCAUUUGCAAUGACAGCGUCGACCUCAGUCCUAAUACCCCAUUUAUGGAGACCCAGGAACGUGAAAAUCCCCUGGAUAUUGCUCUCCAAACACUCCAGAAUUUAACAGCAAGGCGUAGUCCGAAUUUCUACAACAUAACAAACGGUCGAGGGAGAGUAGUUCGGUUCUGCCUUUUCAAGAAUUCUUACAAACUUGGCGAAGACAUUGUCGGAACAUUCGAUUUCUCCAACGCGACAGUUUCCUGCGCUCAAUUAUCAGUAUCACUGCAGUCGGAGGAACACGUUGCAGAGGGUUACAGACGAGGAAAGGCAAACUCAACGCUAGUCAACUACAACAAACACCACGAGGUAUGCCUGGGCCUGAGGUACUCUCAGCUGGUGCUGCCCAUUCCCUUCCACGUCACCCCAGACUUCACAACUGAACUCGUCAUGCUCAAGUGGAGACUGCACUUUGAAUUCGUCACAACUCUGAAACUCAUCGAGACACCACAGGAGAAUAUGAUGAACUGGCAAGGGCCUUCCAGUCUCGAUGUCGAAACCAUGAUCUGGGAUCUACCUCUCCAUAUUUAUCCCUCCAUUGCUCCUGCGCACUCUAAUCAACAGACUAAAUAUAGCAUUACCAUCUAGGGAAUGAAAUGUACUUUACGAAUUCUUGUUACAAAAUUUUUGAGUAUGAGUUUCUUAAUACAAGUAAAGACGCCUUAAAAAAAAUAU